AUGUGCUCAGGGACGCGGGCCACAAUGGUGUCCAUGACUCCGCUCCGUCUGCUGCUGUUUCUCCUGCCCGCCUCCGGCGCUCUAAUGAGAUCUCCGUCGGCCGAGCUUUUUGAUGACUCGCGCAGUCAAAGAGACGUGGCUCCGUAUACUCUUUCUUCUGAUAUCUCAGCGAGAGGUCGGCCUGGUCGGUCAACUCCGACGCCUGAUGUCACGCACUUGGAACUGCUGGUAGUGGUCGGACCCGAUGUCCAGCAGGUCCACAAGGAGGACACAGAACGCUACAUACUCACCAACCUCAACAUUGCCUCCGAACUGUUGCGAGACAUGACUUUGGGAGCCGACGUGAUGGUGCACCUGGUUCGCAUGAUCAUCCUGUCAGAAGCAGAGUCAGAGAUCCGAUUGUCUGCGAACAUCACGUCGUCUCUCCGAAGCGUUUGCGACUGGGGCUCACGCUUAAAUCCGUCCAAUGACACAGACCCGCUGCACGCCGAUCUGCUCUUGUACAUCACAAGGUACGACCUGGCGUUGCCUGAUGGCAACAAGCAGGUCAGGGGAGUCACGCAGCUGGGAGGCGCUUGCUCCGCUGAAUGGAGCUGCGUGAUCACAGAGGACACCGGAUUCGACCUGGGGAUCACGAUCACUCAUGAGAUCGCACACAGUUUCGGCGUCAACCACGACGGAGUGGGGAACUCGUGCAGCCGGACUGGCUUCUUGAUGGCUUCUGACGGAGGCUACAACAGCGUGGAUCUGGCAUGGUCGCCCUGCAGCGGACCUCAGCUGCUCGCCUUCUUCAGUGAAGGAAAUGCUGAAUGUGUGAAGGAUCUACCAGCCUUGGAAAGUUCCCUACAGGACUGGAAACCUGGCCUUUAUUACGGGAUCGACGACCAGUGUCGAAUAGCUUUUGGAAGUACAGCAAGAAGUUGCUCGUUCGCCAAUCUAGAUCUGCCGAUGUGUAGUUUUCUAUCUUGUCACACUAAACCAAAUGAUGACAGCUUCUGCAAACGUCUUCUGGUACCGCUCCUUGAUGGCACCCAAUGCGGACCUCAUCAAUGGUGUCUGAAGGGACAUUGCGUGUCCCCGGACCAGCUCAGCACCUCCGCGGUGGUGCACAGCUCUUGGUCGGGCUGGUCUGGGUUCUCGCGCUGCUCACGAACAUGCGGCGGGGGAGUCACUCACCGCACACGCCGGUGCAACAACCCGAGACCCGCGCUUGGGGGAGAUGAUUGCGUGGGGCUGAGUAUCGAGGCUGAACUUUGUAACCAGCAGGCCUGCGAGCGCACCCAGCUCGAUUUCAUGGCCGAGCAGUGUUCCGCAACGGACCCCAAACCGCUUUACCUUCUUCCGGGCCAGGCCUCCUUCUACACCUGGAUCCCUGCGGUGGGCUUCUCAAAAGGUGACGAGCUAUGCAGAUACAUGUGCCGGCCCAAGGGAGACGCCUUCAUCGUGAGCCGUGGAUCUCAGUUCGCCGACGGAACACGCUGCGAGGCCGGCGGCCAAACUCCUUCCGGUUCCGUAGCCGCUUGUCUGCGAGGGAAAUGUCUGCUGUUCGGCUGCGAUGGCGUGUUGCACUCUGGGAAAGUAAGAGAUGUGUGUGGCUCGUGCGGGGGGGACGGAUCUUCCUGCACGUUGACCUCCGACUCCUUCACUGGAGGUCAGGGAAGAGAGUACACCACUUUCCUGUCGCUGCCGUUGAACGCAACACAGGUUUAUAUGGUCAACCGGGCACCUCUGUUCACUCAUCUGGCUGUACUAUACGGGGAUCAAUAUAUCGUCUCUGGGGCGGGCAGAACGGCAAUGAAUAUGACCCAUCCCUCCGCGCUGGAUGAUGACUGGCUUGAGUACCGCCUCCAUCUGACCCCUGACCUUUUGCCUCAAAUGGAAGAGCUGCUGCUGCUUGGACCAGUACAACAGCAGAUAAACAUUCAGGUUUAUCGGCAAUACGGAAAAGAAUAUGGAGAGAAAACCCGCCCCGACAUUAGCUAUCAGUUCUACGUUCCCAGGGGUCACAGCGACUUGACCGAAAUCAAACGCGAAGGCACGUGGAGCAUUGUCACAACACCCUGCUCCGUCUCCUGCGGUUUAGGUGCGCAGAAGCACCGGCACGUGUGUGUGGACAAAGAAAGCGACGCACACGUGGAGGAACGUCAUUGUCCUGCGUCUCCUCCGCUUCUCGCACUGCAAACGCCCUGCCAGCUCGCAGCGUGCCCGCCGAGCUGGAUCACAGGAGACUUUGGAUCCUGCAGCGCUUCCUGCGGUACAGGAGAGAGAAUCCGUUCCGUAACGUGUGUUCAGAAACACGGCGCCGAUGUUGCGAAGGUUGGGGAAUCGGACUGCCCGGCCGACGCGGCUCCCGAUGCUGUUGAAAAAUGUCAUCUUCGACUUUGUCCUGCCAGAUGGCGUGUGCGGGAGGCAGGGGACUGCUCAGCGGUGUGCGGGCCCGGAGAGGUCCAAAGAAACGUGUCGUGUGUCCGACAAGACGACAGCCGAGAGGUUGAAGUCGAUGAAAGUUUCUGCUCAAGUCAAAUAAGACCUCCCGAAUCUGCGCCCUGCGUCGUGGACGUCUGCCCCAUUGGGUGGGACGUGACGCGGGAGGACCAGCCUGAGUCGCAGUCGGGCUCCAGGCCGCGCUUGAGUCAAGCCUCCGUCUUUGUGUGGAGUCCGGUUGUCACGCCGUGCUCGAAGACCUGCGGCAACGGAACAACGCAAACGUGGUUCUCCUGUGUGGACCAUCAGACCAGAUGGAGGGUACCGGAUGUCGACUGUGACCCUUCAACCCAACCGCCUCCUAAAACUAAGAACUGCAACACGUUCCCUUGCCCUCCCAUGUGGCGGUCUAAGCCAGGCAUCUGCAGUACAACGUGUGGCGGAGGGGUGGCCAACACGGUGCUGUACUGUGCUCGGCAGACAGCUGGGCAGCAAGAGGAGGUGCUGGAGGAUUCGGAGUGCGGUGACUUUCCUAAACCCGCAGCAGUGGUGUCAUGUAACACCCGCAGUUGCCCGGCAACGUGGAAGGUUGAGAGCAUGUCGCCCUGCUCAAGGUCUUGCGACCUGGGUGUCGCUCACAGGAACGUGUCCUGUGUCCACUUCGUCCAAGGCAAGGAAAGUGUGGUGCUGGAGGAGAGCUGCCGUAUGUCGGUCAAACCGGCGACCACGGUGCCCUGCCUGGUGCAGGUGUGCACCUUGGGCUGGGAGGCCAAGGCAUGGAGCCAGUGUUCAGUGUCGUGCGGAUACGGCAUUCAGUCCAGAACCGUGUCAUGCGUGGGCCCGUCCGAGCCGGAGCCCCUCAGCCCUCUGAUGUGCAUGCACAUGCCCAAGCCCAUCACCAUCCAGGGCUGCAGCGCGGGCAGCUGCGCGGACGCGCCACCUACGUCCCCCGUCAUCCCGGCUACGCGUCCCACAUUGGAGAAGGAUUUUCACCCGUCUCGCAAUACAUUUACUAAACGGUUCCGCGUGCGCAACUGUCUUGGAGGUCCAUCAGUCCCCUGCCUGCAGUCCAACACAACGGCCAGACCUUCACCUCAAGCCAAUGCGUGUGGACAGCUGCUCCUGCAAGAAUCCGGCACAGUUGACUUGAGCAACGCCACCGGUCCCUGCACGGUGGCCUUCGGCCGACCCCUGGGUGAGGUCAUCCGCGUCCAAAUACAGUCGAGCUCCCUAAACUGCCGGAAGAGAGAAUAUGCGGUCUUUUUUGACCGGCUGGCGCUUGUGAGGAAGUGUGAGCAGAUAGCGGGAAGCACGCUGACCACCAGAACCAACGUCCUUCUUGUGCAUCAGAAUCUGCUCACUUCUGGGAAUGGCAUUGUCUUCAGCUACAGCUCACAGAGAAACAUGAAAAGGAGCCGCCGUCCGAAUUGUGACAAGCAGUUGUUUUCCCCCAGCGGGGUCUUUGAGAAUCCAACAUGGGACAGGAACCGCACUUGUCGGGUGCUAAUCAACGCUCCGCCCUCGGUGAAGAUCAGAAUCCAAGCAGUGCACGUCGGCUCGCUCUUCAACGCCACAAACGCGCAGUCUUCAUACAUUAUGAUCCGGGACAUGGAUAUGCUGAAGACCAACGUGUUUAAAGGCCCACAGCUGUUUCUGUGGCAGUCCUCUGGAAAUAUGGCUGAGGUUGAAUUCCAUGGAGAUUACCAGCGCGUAGCCGGAAGCUUUCGAGCGGAAUAUUCCUUUGUAUAACUAA